AUGCCUAUCGCCCAGCCGAAGAACUGCAAGAUGGCGCAGGCUAUAUUUGAGGUACUCGAAGGCAUGGACAAUCAGACUGUAUUGGCGGUCCAGUCAUUGCUGGAUGACCAAGCAGGUGUUCCUCACCCGAACAACCAAAACGUCUCAGCGACGCCAGCUAUCCAGUCACUGGAUGACGAAGAUGUAUUUUUGUGUGGGAAGUGCAAGAAACAGUUUAAUUCCCUGCCAGCCUUUAUGGCACACAAGAGGGAGCAGUGCCAGCCGAGCGCCCCUUCUUUGUCCACUGUGUCUUUGGCCUCCACCAACGUCUACACACAGGGGCCCUCUAUCACUUCAGGACCGCCAACUAAUGCCAACAGGCAGGUGUCCACCUACAUCACAGUACCCCCCUCCCCUCUAACACACACGCUGGUCCAAGGAAACGUUCUGGUCAGCGAUGACAUUCUUUUGUCGGCUAUCUCAGCUUUCACCUCCAUUGACCAGCCUAUGACCACCAUGCAGACGCCCGUUCAGAGUCACCCAAGCAUGCAGACAGCUGGUGUAUCGUAUCUUCACCACCACCACCAGCAGCAGCAGCAACCCUCUCACACACUUCCUCCAAGCCAGACACCAGCUCACCCACUGCCAGCAGCUCAACCCGGCCAGCAGCCUCUCACCUCGUCGCAUGUCCCUGCCAGCCACGGCAACUCUGUGGUUCAGGUGUACAGCACACUGCCGCACAUGGUUGGCAGUGGUAAUGCAGAGAUCCACACGUUGGGUCUGCAUCCAUUCCAUCCUGUUCAAGUGCCCAGCCAGUGUGUAGAGAGCCAGUCAUACAAUACACCUCCUGUCUACAGUCCGGGAAAACUGGGCAUCAAAACAAAAACGUGCAGUAUCACCACCAAUACCUCGGAGUUGGGCGAGUUUGAAAAGCUUACUGGGUCCAAACAGCCUCAGAGUAACAAAAAGUGCUCCGAUGGAGACAUAGCAGAGUCACUUAAAUCCAAAGGUUCAAAACUGAAGUGCAAUUUCUGUGACAAAAUCUUCUCCAAAAAUUUUGACCUUCAGCAGCACAUUAGGAGUCAUACAGGAGAAAAACCCUUUCAGUGUAUCGUGUGUGGUCGAGCCUUUGCCCAAAAGUCCAAUGUGAAGAAACACAUGCAAACACACAAGGUGUGGCCCAUGGGCGUGGCUAGUACUGUGUCAAGGCUACCAAUCACCGUAAAGGUUGUGCCGGCGGCAACGGAUGAGGACGAAGCAAGCGGGUAUCAGCAGAAGCAGUGUGAACAGGAGGAGAUGCACCCCCACCACCAGGCAACGCAGGAAGAUGACGAGGCCUCGUCAGGUUUGGCCACAGAAGCUUCAGUAGAAGCGGAGGAAAGCGUGGCAGAGUCCCAGGCUGACUUGGAAGGCACCUGCGGAGAGUCUAUGCCCUCUCAGCUUCAGACCCAAGAGGGUCCUUCUCAGACCAAACAGAUUGUUGUGGUUGACAGCUCCUACCAGUGCCAGUUCUGCCCCAGCAAGUUCAAGACGUACUUCCAGCUCAAAUCUCACAUGACCCAACACAAGGGGGAGCAGGUUUACAAGUGCGUUCUCAAGUCCUGCUCCCAGACCUUCCAGAAGCUGGAUCAGUUCCUGGAACACAUCAGGACUCACCAGGAGCAGCUUACUUAUCGUUGCCACCUCUGCAGCAAAGUAUUUUCUUCUCUCUUUGAACUGGGAGUUCACCAGUACUCUCACUGCUUCUGCCCACAGCAGAACACACGCAAGGAAACCACAUUCUACAGGUGUGUGAAAUGUCAAAGCAGAUAUUCUACCCAAGAAGCUCUAGAACAACAUCUUCUGACCGCUUCACACAACUUUCCUUGCCCACACUGUCAAAAGGUGUUCCCGUGCGAGAGAUACUUUCGACGCCAUCUCCCCACUCAUGGCGUUGGAGGGAGGUUCAAGUGUCACAUCUGUAAGAAGGUCUUUAAGACAGAACACUACCUCAAACUGCACACGAGAAUUCACUCAGGGGAAAAGCCGUUUAAAUGCUCCGUGUGUGAGGCCACUUUCAACAGGAAGGACAAAGUCAAGCGCCACAUGCUCAUCCACGAACCCUUCAAAAAAUACAAGUGUCCUUUCAGGACUCAUGUAGGCUGUACCAAAGAAUUCAACAGACCUGACAAGCUAAAGGCACACAUUUUGUCACAUUCAGGUAUCAAGCCCUUCAAGUGCGUCAUCUGUCAGAAGGCGUUCAGUCGCAGGGCACACAUGCUGGAGCACCAGCAGUCGCACACAGACAAUUAUCGCUUCCGGUGCUCCGCCUGCAACAAAGGUUUCUCCAGACAGAGUUACUACAGAGACCACAAAUGUUCAGGGCCGGGGAACGGCAAGGUGCACGAAGGAGAGAACGCGGUGGAAGACAACGAGCGGGACGGAGGAGACGAGCGAGCGGUGACGAGGAGCUGCGGCCGGCUCACGAGGCAGGCCAAGAGGUUAAGGACCACUGGACACGAGGCUAGGGAAGAAGACAACCGGGAGGAGACGGGAACAGACGAGGGAGAGCGGGACUCGGCAGAUGAGGGGAGUCGAGCUACCUCGGCAAUGGCCGCCAUGGAAGUUGAGUCUCUAGAAAGGGAUGCAACGCAGUAA